UUCAUUGAACAAUCAUCAAUCAACAUCCUUCCAACCGACCCUUCCUUUCUUCUCUUCCUUCUCUUCCUUCUAUAAAGGCAACAAAGGUUUCUGGCUUAAAAUCUGUAUUUUUUAUACACAAAUCAUUGUAGGUUGCUAAUGUCUGCUGAGUUGAGUUGUGCACUCCCCUGACAUCCUCUCCAAAAGGCAACUCCUUUUUUCCUACCCUAUAAUCUCCAAUCCAUUUUCUUUUUUCUCUGUGUCUUCACUUUUCAAUUUUUUUAAUCUUCAAGGCCUACAAUAGGGGAUGCCACUAGACCAUAGAGUGGCGGUUUUUUUCUAUGUAGCUAUUCUUGUUAUAUGCAAAUGGUAGCUCAAGGACCUAUAUAUAUAUGUGUGUAUGUUGGUGCACUUCUCGUGACUUCAACUGAAGCAGGCUGUUGCUAUCUUCAAGUCUCUUCUUGAAGGCACCAAUGGCUUUGUUCAUGGCAAUUCUUGGCGUUGUUGUGUUGGUGCUCUGUUUUUGCUCUGUUCUCUUGAAGUGGAAUGGAGUGAGAUACAGGAGGAAAGGCUUGCCUCCUGGCGCAAUGGGUUGGCCAGUUUUUGGGGAGACAACCGAGUUUCUCAAGCAAGGUCCAAACUUCAUGAAGAACAAGAGGGCAAGGUAUGGCAGUUUUUUCAAAUCUCACAUUCUGGGGUGUCCUACCAUUGUAUCCAUGGAUCCGGAGCUGAACAGAUUCAUACUGAUGAAUGAAGCAAAAGGGCUUGUUCCUGGGUACCCACAAUCCAUGUUAGAUAUCUUAGGCACACGCAAUAUUGCAGCUGUUCAUGGCUCCACUCACAAGUACAUGAGAGGGGCACUGCUCUCAAUUAUUAGCCCCACCUUGAUCAGGGAUCAGCUUUUACCGAAAAUUGAUGAGUUCAUGAGAACCCACUUGAUUGAUUGGGAUAACAAAGUCAUAAACAUCCAGGAGAAAACUAAAGAGAUGGCUUUUCUCUCUUCCCUGAAGCAGAUUGCUGGUAUGGAAUCCAGCUCAAUAGCUCAACCCUUCAUGACAGAGUUCUUCAAACUAGUUUUGGGAACACUCUCUUUGCCUAUUAACCUUCCUGGCACAAAUUAUCGCGGUGGAUUGCAGGCAAGGAAAAGUAUUAUCAGCAUUCUGAGUCAGUUGCUGAAGGAAAGGAUAGCAUCCCAAGAAUCCCACGUGGACAUGCUGGGUUGCUUGAUGAAUAGAGAUGAAAACCGAUACAAACUAACUGAUGAGGAAAUCAUUGAUUUAGUUAUUACUAUUAUGUAUUCUGGUUACGAAACUGUUUCAACCACAUCGAUGAUGGCAGUGAAGUAUCUCCAUGACCAUCCCAAAGUUCUUGAAGAAAUCAGAAAAGAGCAUUUUGCCAUAAGGGAAAGGAAAAAGCCAGAGGAUCCAAUUGACUGUAAUGAUCUCAAGUCAAUGAGGUUUACUCGUGCGGUGAUUUUCGAGACCUCGAGAUUAGCAACAAUAGUUAACGGGGUUCUAAGAAAAACAACUCACGACAUGGAGCUAAACGGGUAUCUGAUUCCUAAAGGGUGGAGGAUAUAUGUAUACACAAGAGAGAUCAACUAUGAUCCAUUUCUGUAUCAUGAUCCACUGACCUUCAAUCCAUGGAGAUGGCUGGGUAACAGUCUGGAGUCACAAAGCCACUUCUUGAUUUUUGGAGGGGGCACCAGACAAUGUCCAGGGAAGGAGUUAGGGAUAGCAGAAAUUUCCACUUUCUUGCACUACUUUGUAACAAGAUACAGGUGGGAAGAAGUAGGAGGAGAUAAACUAAUGAAGUUUCCUAGAGUUGUGGCACCAAAUGGACUGCACAUAAGGGUCUCAUCUUUUACUAGCUAGGCUUUGCGCAUGUACAGUACUGAGAUAUAGGAAAUAGUAGGCUCCAAGGGUUCCUUUGUAUGAUAAUAUGCUCUAACAAGUAGAGAAAUCAAUCAAAAUUAGCUUCUUUUUCCAUUCUUGUU